UCACCGCAGAAUGUCUAUGAAAAAGCCCUGCACAGAACACUUUUUUUUAAACACAGUGAAGAAGAGCGAUUUUUAUUUACCAUCGAAAACAUUCAAAAUGGCGUACCAUCAACAACAGCAAAAUGUUGAUCAAAAUUAUUUAUGGGGAAUUUUUCAAAGAGUUGAUAAGGACAGAAGUGGUACCAUAACGUCAGUUGAGCUGCAGCAGGCUCUUUCAAACGGAUCAUGGACACCGUUUAAUCCAGAAACAGUUAGAUUAAUGAUAGGUAUGUUUGACCAAGACAGAAAUGGUAAUAUUAAUUUUCAAGAGUUUGGCGCUUUAUGGAAAUAUGUAACGGAUUGGCAAAAUUGUUUCCGGAACUUUGACAGAGACAAUUCUGGAUCUAUAGACAAAAAUGAGUUGAAACAAGCGCUAACUUCAUUUGGUUACAGAUUAUCUGAAAAAUUCUACGAUAUUUUAAUCCGGAAAUUCGACCGUACAAACAGAGGAGUGAUCACAUUCGAUGAUUUCAUCCAAUGUUGUGUGGUGUUGCAGACCCUUACUUCCGCCUUUAUGAGACAUGACACUAAUCGAAAUGGAUGGAUUGAAAUCAAUUACGAAAAUUUUCUCUCACUCGUGUUUAGUUUAAAAAAAUCUUGAUGGAUUUAAAUUCUCCUUACCAUUCGCUAAUUAUUUGUUUAAGUAUAGUAGACGAACAUAUUUCGAGUAAUAAUAUCUUUUUUGGUUUUAUCAAAUAUUGAAAAUCCUUGCACUGGAUGAUGCCUGUUAUCGAGACAACAUUACUGUUGCUGACAUCAGCAAAAAAGAUAGCACUCCGAUUUUUCUUCCUAACAUUUUUCCCGAUAUAUGUUCGUUAACUUUAAAUAAGAAACAUUUUGUAGUUUAUUUUUGUGGUAUUUAGCAAAGUUCACUUAUUAUAUAAGCUUAGUUUUUAAUAUUCUGUACGAGUAACUUUUCACGCUCAACGAUCUAUGCGGUUAUUUGUGCGAAAGUUUAAUUCGAUGCGAUCUUUUUCGGUUAGUACUCCAUCAUCUGGGGUGUUUUUUAUUUAGACAAGCAAAACCAACAUAUUAAACGAAUUUUUUGUUUGUUUGUUUUUGCAUCGUGUAAUUCUCACGAAAUUCAAGUCUAAAUGAUGUUGGCUUUUUGUCCGCUCUGUUGCAGAAAAUGUCCACCUUUUUACUUUCAAAAUAGAUACAGCUAACAAUCAUCCAACGUGCAGUACAGCAGUUCAGACCUCUUUCUCUCCG